CAGGUUAUGUGCAACGAUUUGAAAUAAAGCAGAGAGGAAAAAUGUCUAAUCGUUGCACAUAACUUGUAACGGAGGUAGUACUUACAUAUGUUAACACGUGCCAAUUGUCAAAGUAACUUGUUAUUACAGGUUGAGAAUAGAUUGAACUUGUUAAAAUAAAGCUCAUCCCAAAUUAGGAUUGUUGUAGAAUAAAUAGAAAGUUGAUAAUUUUAAAAAAAAAAAAAAAAAAAAUCAAGUUGGGGUUACCAUAGUACUGUACUAAUUUAAAAAAUUUAAAAAAUAACCUUUCAAAUUUGGUAUGCGCCUUAUCGGCUUAUCCCCUCAAACAAAUACUGUUACCAUUUCCCUUCACUAAAACCCUAAAUUCCCCUAACCCCUUCAGAGUUCAAAUUACAAAUUACAAAUUUUAGGUUGUAGUAAUCGUCUUCAUAAUUCAGAUGAUGCCGAUCCAGAAGAAGACGAAACCAUCGUUCCGUCAAAAUAGAAGAAAAAUAAGACGAAAUUACCAUAAUUGAAAGAAGACCUCGACAACAUCAACAAUGGCGAUCUUGAGGAAGAAGAAGAUAGAAUAAGCUAUCUCCCAGAUAAUCUCCUUGUCACCAUUGUUGAUCACAUUUUGUCUCAGCUCGAUUCCCCCGUCAUUCACUCCUUUGUACUAAAGACUAACGUUUACUCCAAUGUUGAUCCGCAUCCCUCUUUUAUGCUUCAAUGGAUUACUCACAUCUGUCUUCGAAAUCCGGAGGUAAUCGUGGUUAGCUUCUACUUUGGUUUAUUUGAAUUGCCCGUUUGUCUUUUCACAACUCAAUCACUUUCUGUACUUCGACUUUCAUUUAGAUGGAAGUUUCCCGAUGAUUAUAGAGAUGAUAUGUUGUGUAUUAAUCUUCCUAAUUUGAAGGAACUUGAAUUGUGUCUUCGUGAUUCAAAUCAUACUUUGAUACGUACUCUUUUUAAAUCUUGCCCCUUUUUGGAACGAUUAUCUCUAACUGUUGUGUUAGAUAAAGAGGAUCACUUGGUUGAUAUUGUUGCCCCUAACCUCAAUAGUUUGGAAAUAUUUAUGGUAGCUAACACUAACUUAAGGAGCUACUGCAACUGGAUAUUUUCUAUUGAUGCUCCGUUGCCCUUUUAUAAGUUUGUGAAUAAACAAAAGGUGCUACAAGAAGCCAUUGUUACUAUACCUAAGUAUUAUAGCAAUGAACGAGAUGCUUAUCUUAGCCGGAUAGUACCACUUUUCCAAGGGAUAUCUUGUGCUAGAUACCUUACCUUCGAAGACACAUUUCCGGGUCUUUAUCUGAUGGAUGUUGCCCUGCCAAUCUUCCAUAAUCUCACCAAUUUAAUGAUAUCAUUUGGGAUUUUGGAAUCAGAUAGUCAAGUUCCAAGUUGUUUGCUAAUUAAUCUCAAGACACUAAAGAUAGAGGAUAUGAAGUUAAAUGACCAAGGGAUCAAGUUUCUGGAAGAUAUCCUAUGUAAUGCAACUGUUUUGGAGCAGCUUGAUAUUUGUUCGGAUAAUGAACUUUAUGAGGAUGAUGUUGAAUAUGGAGUUGUAUUGAUGGAAUACAAGUUUUGUAUGAAGCUUUUCAUGCUUCUAAGGAGAUCAUCAAACUGUUUAAUCAACUUCUCUGGUUCUAUAUUCACUACAUCAAGUAAUGCAAUUAGGAAUGGCAGGUUUGUUUGCGAUAUUACAAAUUGCAUGGAUGAAUGACAUUGCUAAAUGUCAGGAAAUGCAGGGACAAAGGGAGUAAUUGUAUCUCAGUGAACUUAUGCACUUUCUAAUUGUCAGUGGUUGUGGAAGGAGAUGCCUGAAGAUGCCUUAACCUUUGCUAACUGCCGUUUUAGUUUUUAAGCAAUACAAGUCUGUACACAGGGAGAAUGAGCUUUUGAAGUUGGAACUAUGAUUUUGGUGAUGCUGUAUAUAUCUAUGACCGUUAUCGGAGAACGAUUAGGUGUUAUAGUUACUGCAGUGCUUAAGUUUGUUCUAAUGUAAUCCGGCAUUUUGGUGUAUGCACUUUCUAAAUGUUGAUCUGUAUAUUUUUAGAUGAAUCUGUUUCUAAGCUUUACUUUGAA